GUCUUACUGGCGGGCGAGCCUCCUCAGGUGAAAGACAAAGGGAUGAUGGAUAUCAUGGUCCUGGUGUGACUUCUUCUGCGGUGUGUGCUGCUUCGUUGGAACCAACUGCAAAUGGUCGAGGUGUAAGAACUUCGCAUGAUGUAAAUCUUGACUCUGAGGCCCGCACGACGAGGCGCCCGUCAAAGAGGUCAGCUUCAAAGAACAGUGCGCCAAGAGGGCGGAAAGGGCGUAGUACAGGCCGCCCAGGUUCGGGAAGAAGGCGCGGAGGUCGCAGUGACAGUGGUCCUCUCGAUGAUGGUAACCUCCUCUCUGAUCGAAGGUCACAGGAGCAUAGUGAAGGAGACGAGCAGCAGCAUAGCGUAGAAGUGAGCAAAGAAUGGACAGGUGCAAGUACGCGAGGGAUCGGAAAGUACACUACAGCGAACAACAAAGAGACACGAACAGGAACGGAUAGGGACAGAAGUAGGCAGCGUCCACCGAGACCUCGCGCGCAUCACCGCUCCUUAUCUAAAGGACCUGCCAGUGCCACCCCAUCAGUGAGUAGACCGAGAGGCGCGCCUGGGCCUCCACCAGCAGCAACAGCGCAUAGAAGUUCGUCGAUUCCGCUAUCCAGAGACGAGCACGAUGCGCGGCCGAAGCGGAGUUCAACCAAGAAAUUCAGUAUGGUCUCGCAAUGGCAUUAUCUGCAACAGCCGACUGCUUUGCGUCAAUAUUCAACCUCUGCGACUAACAGAGUAGUACCUGAGCAGCAAAAUGAAGAAAAUGACGAGGAGGAAAUAGGGGCGCAGCUCUUUUCAAUAGCAGCUCGGGAAGUUGAUCUCUUAGGGCGUGAUGGCGGUAAUCCAGAUACAUCAUUAGUCUCGAGAGACGAAGAGGGGAACCCUUGUGGUAUGGAAGAAGCACAAGUGCGGCUAUGGGUUCCGCUGAUGUACUGCACAUUCGAAGAGAGAAGAGCAAACACAGCAAUAAAUGAUGGCCCGGCGACGUCAAUAUCUUCAGAGUACAUGGCCAGCAGUAAUCCUGUUCAACGGAGAAGCAAAACUCCUCCUGCGACAUCAUCACCACAACAGACAAACACGGGAAAUUCUGCUGGUGCAGCGAGUUACAGCGAGCUAGGAUGUGCGCUCAUUCUUGGGCGCAUGAGUACCGACUUGGAGGAUCGCAGUCUGGAUGCUGGUGGGAGUCGAGCCCUUACUGAGUUAGAGCUAUCGGAAUUUGAGCGUACGUUUUCUGACGUAGCCUCCGCGAAUCCGCUUUUUCUCUACGCAACGGCUCCGGAUUUGCGUGGUGCCUCUCUGCAAGGCGCGGCUUCCCUCAAUGAAAUCAACGAUAAAGAGCAUGACCAGAGUAUCCAGCGCGCGGCAACAUCUCUAGAAGUACAACAAAACGGCUACCCGCCCCCGCGUCUAGCAGGAGGACGAGCGGGGGGACAGGAUGCAGUCCAUCUUGUUCCGGGGUCGAGACAGCUACCCACAACUUCUACAUCAGCAGCGGAGGGACAGCAGGAAGCAGACACGAUGAGUCCUAGCUUGAGCGGAAUCGGGUUUAAUAGCUAUUUCUUCACACGAUGGACACCAGGCUCUGAGCUUUUCUACCGCCAGGCCCCCUUCAUCUUUUCUGCCAUGCAACCACGUGAGCUGGUAAGACCUAGACACACAGAACAGCUAACACCUGCAGCCACAGGAGCUCAGCAGGUAGAAGAAGAACAGACGAUGACGAUUGUGGCCAGAGCCUCCGUGCCAGAGCCAGACUUUUCAGGUGAUAUGGAGGGACACCAGGAGGCGGAAGUAGCGGGUGCUAGAAAGGGACUACUCCAGGAACAGGUAAUGGACCCAGAUCCACCUGGCGAAGGUGCAGUUGGACAAGAUAGUGUUCAAACUGACGAUGAGAACACUAGAAGGGUUGCGUUUAACUUCGCUGAAGAUACUACUACUAGAAGAGAAGAUGAACAAGGAGGUGCUUCGGUAGAAAUAGCUAAGACUUCAUCGGGGGACGCCACGAGCAAGAGUAGUUUUUCUACGGAGUCGCUGUCAACGACGAAAACACCACUCGGACGUGCAUUGAACAGCUUUCUAAGUGGUGGAAUUGUCGAUAAGCUCGUGCUGUUUUCCGCUAAUAUACACGACCGCGCGCACUUUAUUCGGAAUCGGCACUUUUCACGGCGAGCACUGUAUCAGGAACCAGAAAUAGAGGAAGAGGAUGCAACAUCACUGGCGAAGACGCCACAGCAGGAGAACCAAGUAGAUGAAGUACUUCUAGCUCCUCCUACAAAUGAUGUUUAUGACGUAAACUACCUUGCCUUUGGAGGAUCGGUAGCAUCCGGGCUAUUGUCUCAUCAACAGAGAGGUGUUGGCCUUGACGGUGAAAAUCAUUCGCGGGACGUAUUCAAGAAUGCAGGAGCAGGCAGGGCCGACAGGGACACAGCAGGAGAUAGCACACACAACGGGAUCGAUCGUGCCUCGGAGGGUCAGAUAGAAGGUGAGGAUGAGUUGAUAGAAGACCAGCAAGGGGGGGAUGCGGGUCUCUCGCGGAUGGUGAGAGCUCGCCUUUUUGAGCUUCUAUUAAGGCUUACCGCAAUUCAUCCUAAGGAGCAUCUUUGACACGUUUUCAAGAAUAAAAGGCGUCAAAGAUGACUUUCAGGACGAUGAAUUUAUAUAAGCUCUAAUUCUAUCUGCGGAAAGAGUCCCAUUGUCGUCUGAGACAAGGUGGCAUGUCGUAGAUAGGGGAAAGGACGAUGAUACCAUACAGCUAACAACAUAUUUACACAUUCAAGAUGAGAACGCUGACGCAUCAACCUGAAGAACCUUGAGACGUGUUUUUCGUGAAUGUACCAAACAAUUUUCAUUUUGAGAACAAAGCAGAUUGUCAUCGUACAUGAUCAACGUAUUUUUUGCUGCUCUCUCUCUAGGCACUAUCUAUACGACUUUCUGACCUC